GAAACGGAAGCCGAGUGGGGAUUUGGGCCAGGGAGCUUGGGAUAUAUAGUCGGGAGCUCCUUGGAUUUAGGGACCGAGCGAGGCGAGGACCGGAGCGAGCCGGGGAGGUUCUUGCCAGCUGGUUCCCUCACACGGGUCCUUUUGGGUUCAGGCGCGGCGCUGCCACUCAGGGGGGCCGACCCCAUUCCGGACCAACCCCACUCAUCGCCUGUCGGGCUCGCCACUGGAGCUCCCGACGGGAACCCUGUUCCACCCUGCAUCUGGCCUGAGCGGGAGAUGGGAAUAGCGCGAUUUCGCGGUGUGGAAGGCACAGAGCGAUGCAGAUAGGAGCCUUUCCCUGAAGUCUUCUGGAGAAAUGUCACGUCUGUUUUUGUUUGAGAAGAGACCUCCAAAAUAGGAUUAAGGAAGAUCUAAAGGGCUGGACUGAUGUUUCUUAAUGCCAUGUCCAGGCCUUCACUCAUCACGUUCACCCCAGCCUCUGACCCCAGUGACCUCUGGAAGGAUGGGCAGCAACAGCUGCAGCCUAAGGAGCCGGAGCCCACCCUGGAUGGGGCUGCAGCCAGGGCUUUCUAUGAGUCCCUGAUUGUGGACGAGACCACUGCCCCUGAACCCCAGAGAGCUCAGCCUGAGCGCGCCCAGGAGAGAAAGAAGAAGAAAAGAAGAGUGAUGAGGGAAGCAACACCAGAAGCAGGAGUAUCAGGAAGACAUGGACAGGGGAGAGCCUUUGUAGACGAGGACAAGAUGACCCAGUGGAUACUGAAGGCAGCCCAGGAUGGGAACGUGGCAGAACUUCGAAGGCUGUUGGAGCCCCUUGAGGCAGGGGGAGCUGGAGGGAAUAUCAAUGCUCGGGACGCUUUCUGGUGGACUCCCCUGAUGUGUGCUGCCCGGGCCGGCCAGGAAGCCGCUGUGCGCUAUCUCCUGGGCCGGGGGGCUGCCUGGGUGGGAGUCUGUGAGCUGGGGGGCAGGGAUGCUGCUCAGCUGGCUGAAGAAGCAGGCUUCCCCGAGGUGGCCCGUGUGGUCAGGGAGAGCCAUGGAGAGACUAGGCGCCCAGAGAACCGGGCCCCCUCCCCCGUCCCCCAGUAUUGUGAGACCUGUGAUGCCUACUUCGAAGACUCCAACCACUGCACAUCCACCGCUCACCUGCUGUCACUAGUCAGGGGUCCUCGCCCCCCUGGCGGUUCCCUUGGGGUACCCACAUCCAGCCCUGGCUUCAGGCUGCUGCUGAAGGGAGGCUGGGAGCCAGGAAUGGGGCUGGGGCCCCGGGGUGAAGGCCGUGCCAACCCUAUCCCCACGGUCCUCAAGAGGGACCAGGAAGGCCUGGGCUACAGACCAGCACCACAGCCUCGAGUCACACACUUCCCAGCUCGGGAUCCCCGGGCUGUGUCUGGGCGAGAGCGAGCCCUUCGGGUGGCCACGCUGAGCCGGAGGGAGAACAGAAGGCAGGAGGAAAAAGACAGGGCCUGGGAGCGGGAUCUCAGGACGUACAUGAACCUAGAGUUCUGACUGUGAAGUCUGACUCUGAUCUGCUGCUGAGGUCUGAACUUGGACUUCUGACAUGAGCACUUUUCUACUUCCUGGGAUCUACCCAGGUGCCAAACCUUCAUGUUUUAAUCAGUAGUCUCUGCUCUUGGGAGACAGCUGCUGACCGUUGAAAAAUAAAUCAACCUUCACCCUC